UUCCUGCCUACUAUACAUACAAACCAACACCACCUCAAUCCCCUCCACCAUUAAUCCUUCCUUCACCACAUUUUCUAACUAAAAGCCAUUACCUUACCUUGAAUUUUUAAACCUCAGAAGACCCAGCAAGCAAAUGGCAGCAAUUAAGGUCGCAGAGCAAGAGCACCCUGUUCCGGCCUUUGGUUGGGCUGCGAGGGACCAAUCCGGUGUCCUCUCUCCCUUCGAUUUCUCCCGAAGGGCAACAGGGGAGAAGGAUGUGAAGUUCAAAGUGCUCUACUGCGGGAUCUGCCACUCCGACCUCCACAUGAUCAAGAACGAAUGGGGUAUCGCCACGUACCCACUAGUCCCCGGCCACGAAAUCGUCGGCCAAGUCACCGAGGUCGGGAGCCAAGUUACGAAAUUCAGCCCCGGCGACAGAGUCGGCGUCGGUUGCAUCGCCGCCUCAUGCCGCUCCUGCGACAGCUGCAUCAACGACCUCGAAAACCACUGCCCAAAAGCAAUCCCCAUCUAUUCCGGCCACAGCUCCGACGGAACCGUCACCUACGGCGGCUACUCCGAUGUCAUGGUCUGCGACGAGCACUUCGUGGUCCGAAUCCCGGACGCCCUGCCGCUCCAAUCCGCCGCUCCUUUGCUCUGCGCCGGGAUCACGGUUUACAGCGCAUUAAGGUACUAUGGGCUGGACCGGCCCGGGAUGAACUUGGCCGUUGUUGGGCUCGGUGGGCUGGGCCACGUCGCCGUGAAAUUUGCUAGGGCAAUGGGGGCCCAAGUAACCGUCAUCAGCACUUCGCCGGCGAAGAAAGAUGAUGCAAUCCAAAACCUCGGCGCCGAUUCGUUUCUGAUCAGCCGCGAUCAGGAGGAGAUGAAGGCGGCGAUGGGGAGGUUUGACGGGAUCGUCGAUACCGUGUCGGCGGAUCACCCGCUGGUGCCGCUGAUUGGGCUGUUGAAGACAAAUGGGAAGCUGGUUUUGGUCGGGGCGCCGACGAAGCCGCUUGAGUUGCCGGCUUUCCCGUUGCUGAAGGGCAGGAAGAUGGUCGGCGGGAGUGGGAUUGGUGGGAUGAAGGAGACUCAGGAGAUGCUUGAUUUCGCCGGCAAACAUGGCAUUGCGGCGGAGGUCGAGGUUAUUCCGGUGGAAUAUGUGAACAAGGCAAUGGAACGUUUGGAGAAGGCGGAUGUUAAGUACAGAUUCGUCAUUGACGUUGGGAACACAUUACUGAAGAAUGCUUGA